AUGGCCGGUGCGGAUGAAAGAAAACUGAAGAUUUUGACGGCCAAAAAACAGUCUUCAUUUGGUUCUUUGCAACGUCUUUAUGAUUUAUCUAAAAAAGUUAACGAUGCGACUAAUCGAAAAAAAUUUGAAAUUUUUUAUAGGUCUUUAGAAGAAACUCGACAAAAGUUAUUAGAAACGGUAGUACAGGAAAAUGAACAGAAUUUAGUAGUUGACGAAAAGUUUAUUCCAAAUUUUUCGAUUUAUCAAACAAUAGAUGACUUAUAUUGUAAUAUUAAGGAAAUUGCAGAUAAAUUUCCAACUGAUACGUCCUCCAGGUCCAAUGCUGGGUAG